AUGUCUUCGAUCAGCCGCUGGAGUUUAACGUUCCCGGAGCGGUGGCUGAAGGACGGGCAACUUGACGACACUCUCCUGGACGCCAACUCGCUCGUGUUCGGCUACGGACGUCGCGUCUGUCCCGGUCGUUAUUUGAGCCAGGAUUCACUCCUCUACAUGACUGCAGCCUUGCUUUCCGUCUUCAACGUAAAGGAUCCCUUCAGCACCCAGCCGUUGUCACUCGAUGUUACUCCGGAACUAUUAUGUGCGAAAGAAGCGAUGGCUCCAGGCAAGCGAGGUGCUGACGCGAUAAACCUUUACUUUUUCGACGGAAUCGGGCAGGUUGUCGGUGCAUCUGUCCUGACGUGGCUGGUGUGGAAGAUCGUAAAGAAGGCGACGACAAAGAACCCGUUGGAUAAGGUUCCCGGUCCGCCCUACAAGUCAUUUUUGAAGGGGAACUUCCCGGAUUUGGUUCAUCCCCGAGCAUGGGACUACCACAUUGAGAUUGCGGAGAAGUAUGGAGGAGUUCUAAAAUUCAAUGGGUUCUUUGGCGAAGCGCACCUAUAUGUAUUCGACCCAAAGGCAUUGCAUCAUAUCAUUGUCAAGGAUCAAUACAUCUAUGACGAAACGGAUUCUUUCUUUGUGGCGAACGAUGUUGUAUUCGGCAAGGGUCUCCUUUCAACUGGAGGAGAGCAUCAUCGCAAGCAACGGAAGAUGUUGAAUCCAGUAUUCUCAAUUGCGCACAUGCGUGAGAUGGUGCCAAUAUUUUAUGACGUCGUGAACAGGCUCGGAAAUGCGAUUGAGGCUCAAGUCGCCAAUGGACCUAAAGAUGUGAGAGCUUUCCUCAUUUGCAAUGAAGUCGCUGACAUUGAAGACGUCGGAAAGAUUGAUAUCCUGGCAUGGAUGACCCGGACUGCAUUGGAACUCAUCGGACAAAGUGGACUAGGAUACUCGUUCGAUCCCAUGACAGAAGAUGGUGAAGAGCAUCCGUAUAGUGUCUCGGUCAAGCUGCUUGUCCCGGCUCUCCACAAACUCAACUUUUCCCGCUUCGUGUUGUUGCCUCUUGUGUACAACAUUGGACCCGCUCGUUUCAGGCGUUUCGUGGUGGACAUCCUCAGUAUCUUCUGGGGAAAUUUGCGCCGAGUCCGAGAUAUUGUCGACAUCAUCACGAACACUUCUGUGACCAUCUAUGAAGAGAAGAAGAAGGCUUUGGCGGAGGGAGACGAAGCGCUGCAAAAUCAGAUCGGGCGAGGGAAGGAUAUCAUCAGCAUUUUGAUGAAAGCCAAUAUGGAAGCCUCUGAAGAGGAUAGGUUGCCGGAAUCAGAGCUACUUGGUCAGAUGUCAACUCUUACCUUCGCUGCGAUGGACACAACCUCCAAUGCCCUAUCUCGCAUCUUCCACUUGUUGAGCGAAAAUCCUGAGGUCCAGGAAAGAUUGCGAGCGGAAAUUCUCGAAGCUAAAGCUCAGAAUGGUGGCGAACUCAUGCACGAUGAACUGGUAAACCUUCCAUUCCUCGAUGCCAUUUGCAGGGAAACGAUGCGAUUGUACCCGCCCGUCCCUAUGCUGCUCCGAGAGGCUCGUCAAGAUAUGAUUCUUCCUGUUUCAAAGCCGAUCAUUGGGACCGACGGACAGGAGAUGAAUGAAAUCCUCGUUCCCAAGGGCACAAAGAUCUUUAUCUCUACUCUUGCUUCCAACAGGAAUACUGACUUAUGGGGCCCCGACGCACACGAGUGGAAACCCGAACGCUGGCUCUCCCCUCUUCCGGAGAAACUUUUGAAGGCGAAGAUUCCCGGUGUUUAUUCCCAUCUGAUGACAUUCCUUGGUGGUGGAAGGUCCUGCAUCGGGUUCAAAUUCUCGCAGCUGGAAAUGAAGGUCGUGUUGGUCACAUUGCUCGAGAAGCUGCGGUUCACUUCACUCGGCAAGAAGGUUUACUGGCAAAUGAACGGUAUUGCACAACCGAUUAUCGAGGAGGAAGGAUCCUUGGAUCCUCAGCUUCCCAUAAAAGUGGAACUAUUGGCUUCCCGAGUGUAA